CACACUGAUACUCUUUCUUUCUUUCUUUCUUUCUCUUCCUUUUUUUCCGAGACCAAAUGGGUAAUUGUUUAUCUCGAUGGUUUAAACGUAUAGUUAGUUGCUUCUACCGACGUUCUAUAACCAAUGGUAAUACUAAUAACCCACCACCUUCUUCUCCUCAAAGAGGAACCAUUUUAGAAAGACCUUAUGAUGACAUAAAUUCAACUUACAAGCUCAAAAAGGAGCUUGGAAGGGGUCAGUUUGGGGUCACCUAUCUUUGCAAGGAGAAGGCCACUGGGAGAAAGUACGCCUGUAAGUCUAUUCCCAGGGGAAAACUUAUCAAAGAGAAGGAGAUUCAGGAUGUUAGAAGGGAAGUCAACAUUUUGCUGCAUCUUAAUGGUCAACCCAAUAUCGUUGAAUUUAAAGGAGUUUAUGAGGAUAAGGAUAAUCUGCAUUUGGUUAUGGAGUUGUGCUCCGGAGGAGAGCUUUUCGAUCGGAUGAUAGCCAAAGGUAGCUAUUCUGAGCGUGAAGCAGCCAAAAUUUUCAAGCAAAUUGUGAAUGUCGUUCAUGUUUGUCAUUUCAUGGGAGUGAUGCAUAGGGACUUGAAGCCUGAGAAUUUCUUACUUGCCAGCAAAGAUGAGAACGCACCUAUUAAGGCCACUGAUUUUGGACUCUCUGUCUUUAUCGAACAAGGAAAAGUGUACUCGGAUGUUGUUGGAAGUGCCUUUUACUUGGCCCCAGAAGUGUUGCAACAGAGUUAUGGAAAGGAGAUAGAUGUGUGGAGUGCUGGAGUCAUUUUAUACAUUCUUCUAAGUGGGUUUCCUCCAUUCGGUGGAGAGACGGAGACAGCAAUUUGUGAUUCAAUUUUAGAAGGCAAUCUUGACUUGAAAAGCUGGCCAUGGCCUGCCAUAUCUGCUUCAGCAAAGGAUCUUAUAGCAAAAAUGUUGGAGAGGGAUCCUAAAAAAAGAAUUACAGCUGCUGAAGCAAUUGAACAUUCAUGGCUGACGGAAGAUGGUGAAGCAUCUGAUAAACCCAUUGACAGUGCUGUUCUAGUUAGGAUGAAGCAGUUCAGGGCAAUGAACAAGAUGAAGAAACUUGCUCUCAAGGUAAUAGCUGAGAACCUUUCAGAAGAAGAAAUCCAUGGCUUGAAACAAAUGUUCAACAACAUGGACACAGAUCAAAGUGGCACAAUCACACUAGAAGAACUGAAAACUGGGCUAUCCAGGCUGGGAUCUAAACUUUCUGAAGCCGAAAUACAGCAGCUGAUGGAAGCUGCUGAUGUUGAUAGAAAUGGGACUGUGGAUUAUGAAGAAUUCAUUACUGCUACCAUGCAUCGCCAUAGACUUGAGAGAGAUGGAAACUUGUACAAGGCUUUCCAAUUCUUCGACAAGGAUGGCAAUGGGUAUGUCACAAGAGAGGAACUAAGACAAGCUAUGACUCAAUAUGAUAUGGGUGACGAAGCUACAAUAGAUGAAAUCCUUGAUGAUGUUGAUACUAACAAAGACGGAAAGAUCACGUUUGAGGAGUUUGUUGCUAUGAUGAAAAGAGGAACAUAGAUUAGAGAAACAAAGUUAAAUUAACGAAGAAGAUGAAUAAGUGACCUGCACCAUGCUUUUUUUUUUUUUCUUUUGUUGCCCAGUUUGGGUGUUGUGUAUUAAGGUGCCGUUGUAGAUUUGCUAUUGCUUCCUAAUAAGUUUCUCUUCACAAAAUAAAAGGUUAUAAAAAUAUUAUUUCAUUA